UUCGCGUCCAAUUAACUACGAGUUCAUUAAUUAUAUUAUAUAGAUGAUCUGCUUUCAUCCGCAAGUGUUAUUAGAGAUCUCUAUUUUCAGUCUAUCCAUACACUGACAUGGAACUAAUUUUCAUAUUAACUUUAAUGUAAUACACAUUUCUUAGUAUUAGUAUUAAUACAGAUAUGCACAGGUAGUCAUACUGACUGUUAAUUCUUUCUCUUAUAAAGUUUUCGUACAUACAAUGGAGAAACAAUGCAUUUCUAUAUUAGAAAUUCCAUUUCUUUAUUUUCAAAACACAUCCAAAAUAGUGUGGCGGUUAUAGGUGUCGUUAAAAAAGACACAUCGAUAAAGAACCUGCCACCUCGAUCAUCAUUUUUAUUCAUUUUUAUCAAACGAAAUAAUUGUACAUUCAUUUAGUUCCAAUUUCUGCCGCCAGAGAGCGCAAAAUUCACGCCGAAUUUAGUUCCGGUUUCUGCGUCGGGGAGGCGCAACAUUCAUGCAGAAUUUAGUUUCAAUUUCUUCUGCUGGAUGGCGCAAAACUCGUGGGAGAUUUAGUUCCAAUUUUGACCACCAGGGGACACAAAAACCCCGCCGAAUUUAUGGAAAUACAAGUAGCGCCAUAUAGCAAAAAUUAUACGUAUAAUUGAGAAAGGAACACAGAGAUAUAAGGGAUACACUUCACUUCACUUCAUAAGUUUCCCUCUAUUGAGGGUGGCGUAAUCUAGGGACUUGUAUCUGUCCCUUUUUGCCUAACGAAAAGUUAUAGGCCACGCGCAUUAUUGCGGCAUUUUCAAUUACAUUAUUUAUGCUAUAUGCUUCUGUACUUUUAAUUCCACUCAUACUUGUCCGUACUUUUAAAUAUCACACUCUUUCUGUACUUUUAAGUCCUCUCAUCUUACUCGCUCCUUUAUAUCCCCCUUUUAGUCGCCUCUUACGACAGGCAGGGGAUACCGUGGCCGUAUUCUAAGCCCCCCGAGCCACAGGGGGUAAAAAAGGGAUACAGGGAUAUAAAGAAUACAGUGAUGUAAGGAAUACAGGGAUCUAAGGGGUAGAGAGUUACAAAGAAUUCAGGGAUUCAAGCAUAUAAGGAUGCAGCGAUACAGGGAUAAAUAAAAGGGACGCUGAGCUGAUACCCGCAAAAAGGCUAAGAUCAUAAAUUUUAUUUUUCUUAUGAACUUGUUUAAUAUGCUAAAAAAAUAAAUAAGGCAAAUUAAAUAAACUUAGAAAAUGGAUGCUGACUCAAGGUAUCAUACCCUGUGAUUGGGAAACCUUCCUUUCCACUGGCUUUGACCAUAAUUUUCCCUAGAAAGGCGCCGAGCGUGCUCAAGAAGUACAUGCAAAUCUAACCUGACCUCAGGGUUAUCUGGGACCCCCAACAUUAUAAUCCCUCGACAAUAAAUACAUGUUCAGUCUUUCUGGUAUCUGUAGUCACUGGUUCAUUGGAUGAUAACGUAGUGCAUUCUAUUGAGACGAACAAUCACAUAGAAAAACUGUACCUGAUGGUGGUUUUAGUUCGUUGUAUUUCAUUACUAUAAUUUAUAUUUGUGAAGUUAUAUUUUUUGAAAACAAUUGUGUAAAAUUACUAUUAGUUUUGACCUAAAAUUAAUACUGUUUAGUGUUUAGUUACUGUUACUGUUUAAUGAAGCUAAAAAGAAGACACUACAAAAUUUAUGGAAAGUUUAAGUUUAUACUUCAACAAUUGUAAAAUGAAAUACAUGUUUUAUUAACUCACACAGUUAUAAUUCUUUAGAGAAUGCAAUGUUUAAGAAUUAAUCACAUUCUUAUCGCAUUAAAUCUUACUAAUAUUUCAAAUUUUAACCUUUAUGCAUACAGAUGAGUACGUAUUGUUUACAUAGUACAGUUGAAACUCAGUUUGUUGAUUAAUCAUUAGUCAUGAUUAAGGCAAUAUUGGUAUUCAAUAAUCAUGGAAAGCCUAGACUUUCAAAAUUUUACCAAUACUUUAAUGAAGAUAUGCAACAACAAAUAAUAAAAGAAACAUUUCAGUUAGUUUCCAAAAGAGAUGAUAAUGUUUGUAAUUUUCUGGAGGGUGGAAGUUUAAUUGGUGGUUCUGAUUAUAAGUUGAUUUAUCGACAUUAUGCAACUUUAUAUUUUGUAUUCUGUGUGGAUAGUUCAGAAUCAGAAUUAGGAAUAUUAGAUCUAAUACAAGUUUUUGUUGAAACAUUGGAUAAAUGUUUUGAAAACGUAUGCGAACUUGAUUUAAUCUUCCAUGUAGAUAAAGUUCAUUACAUACUUAAUGAAUUAGUGAUGGGUGGAAUGGUCCUUGAAACUAAUAUGACUGAAAUACUGACACGAAUUGAAGAUCAAAAUAAAUUGGAGAAACAGGAGGCAGGAAUCACAGCAGCGCCGGCGCGAGCUGUUUCUGCUGUCAAGAAUAUGAAUAUACCACAGCAGAUAAAGGAUAUGAAGUUGCCUGAUCUGCCACAGGCCAUAAAAGAUCUCAAAUUCUGACCAGCCGUUACGUCGUUGGCUCCAAGCUGACUGAUUUCACCUACAAUUCCAAAUACAAGUGACACCACAAGGGUUUUUUUCUCCCCUCUUCAAACAAAUGAGAAUGCACCAAUACUGCCUACAAACUCUUCAUGUAUUACAUCUCAACAGUACCAGAAUUAAACAUGAAGAUUAUAUUGGUUCUUAUGACUUAUAAAAACCAUGUACAAAGUGACAAAGGCUCCUAUUGUGAAGAUUAACAAAAUAUAUUUGAUUUUAAGAACAAGGAUCUAAAAUGUUUCAAACUAUUAACUCUUAUUAUGUAAAGAGAAAAGUAAAACUACUUCAUGAUUUUAAAAAUACUAAUAUUUUAUGAAAGAUGCAAUAUUAUUUCUAUAUAUUAAAAAAAAAUAAUAAAUAUUACCAUUGUAGUAUAAACCAUAAAAGUGCAUUUUCAUUGCUAUAUCCAAAGCGGUAUAUUUAAUGUUAUCUCAUUUGUGAACAUUUCCAUCCAGUUAUUAAAGAUAUUAAAUAAUGUUAUAUUGUAUCAAAGAAAUAUGUAAUAAACAUUAUAGUAACAUAUAA